AUGAGCUCAAGAAAGAGAAAAGAAACCAACAAUAAAAAGCUCAAAUUUCGUAAACUCGAAAACGCGACCGUCAAAAAUACUACUAUUAAUAAUGACAGCACCACCACCACAGACAACCACAUAGAAGAAGAAAAAUCUCCGGCGUUGAAAAUUCCGCCAGAGAUUUUUAUUAAAAUGUGUCAAAACCUCGCCCCAUCCGAUCUAUUGUCGCUCUCGCGAGUAUGCAAACUUUACAGUGAAUAUCUAUGCUCGAAAGAAUCUUCAACUACCCAAAAUAUUUGGAGAAAUGCAAGAAUCGAGCAUCUCACUAGUCUUAUUUUGCCACCUCCUGUUGGAUUUGACGAGCGUGAUUAUGUAAGGCUUGUACUUGAACGUGGAUGUCAUUUUUGUAAUAACACUCCUCGUGUCAAGAAAGUCUAUUGGGCGUUCUGUUUUCGAGCUUGUCAUAAUUGUUUAAUAAAAAAUAUAAUCAGCGAAUCUGAUCUAUAUCAACAAAGUGUUCUCUUCAGAGAGCCCGCUCCACUUGUUCCCUAUAUUAUUCGAAUUAAUAAUUUGAAGUAUGAAAGAUUCUUUUACAUAAAACACGUGAAUGAAAUUUACCUUGAAUGGGAAGGAAUUAAUGAUCAUGAUCGAACAGACUGGAUUAAUCGUAAAAAAUGUGAGUGUUUAGAGUACAUGGAAAAAGUUGAUGCACAUGAAAAGGCUGAGUAUCGGGAAGCGUUAUUUAAAACGAAAGAGAAAGAGUUACUUAAGCAGAUCCGUGCCGAGGCAAUUGAACAGAAACUCGACGAGAUGAGAAAUGAAACUGAUCAUGAAGGAAAUCACUAUCAGAAGAAAUAUCUGAAGGGGUGUCCUUCCUAUAAUAACGCGCGUGCUCAGUCUCGUCCAUUGACUGAAAGAUCUUGGAAAAUACUUAAAGGUAAAUUAAGACGUGAGUAUUUGGAUGUUGCCAACAGCUAUCGACUUGAACAAGAGUUAUUGACUAAAGCUUUGGUGUCGAUAAAUUAA